UCAAAAUGUCAAAAAACUUGAGCAUAUUAACAAGGAGAUUAUCAUCAUCUUCUUCAUCAUCAAUAUCAAGCCAGCAGUCUCCAAAAAAUAAAAUUGCAGCUCCAUUUUUGUCGAAAACUUAUGAUUUAUUAGAAGAAAAUGGCUUAGGAUCAUCGUCUCCUUCUUCGUCUUCAUUAGGAGCUAAUUAUUAUGACAUUAAUGGCAAGAAAAUUGUUUCGUGGAAUGCGGACGGAAGUGGAUUCGUAGUCUGGUGUCCGGCCGAGUUUUCGGAGUUCACCCUGCCGAGAUACUUCAAGCAUAAUAAUUUCUCUAGCUUCAUUCGUCAGCUUAAUACAUAUGGAUUCAAGAAAACAUCAUCGAAGUUAUGGGAAUUCAAGCAUGAGAAAUUCCAAAAGGGCAAUAGAGAGAUGCUGGUAGAGAUCACUAGAAAAAAAUGCGAGCCAAGUGUUUUUCCGUCAUUUCUGAAGGCAUCUAAUAACGAAGAGGCUAUUGCUGUCAAAGAAAACGAUCGAUUGAUGAAGGAGGAGAAUUGUAACCUUAAAAGACAAAAUUUGGAGCUACAAAUGCAAAUAGCACAAUUUAAAGCCUUACAAACCCAAUUGUUGGAUUAUCUAGCACAAUAUCAACAUACUAAAAUUAGAAGACUAUGUUAAUUGAGGAGUUUGGAGAAUAAUUUAAUUGAAUAUUAACUAAAUUCAAUUGUUGAUAAAAAAAUUCAGA